AUGGAUGAGCAGGCAGGGCUGCAGGAGCACCAGAGGACAGCUCCGGUGCCCCCCACACCUCCCAACGCCACACCCAGCCAUCCACACCAGGAUCAGCCUGCCACGCCGCCGCUGCAGCCGGCAGCUGAGGGUCGAACCCCUUUACCCCACCGGCCAGCUUAUGGACAGGACAGGGUGGAGCUGCGAGACAGAUGCUGGGAGAGGAAAGGACGGAGAGACACUCAGGCUGCAGGAGGACAGAGGAGAAGGACAGACGGAGGGAAAGUGUUGCAAGUUGAUGUGUUUGGRCUUUGUGUGCAAAUAAAGCCACUGAGGAGACUCGGGUCUGGUCCGGUCCACACUGAGGAUGGCGGUGCGGAUGUUGAUGGUUUGUGUGCUGGGUCUCCUGUUCUGUCAGGUCCUGAGCUUUGCAGAACAAAACGAAGCAGAGAAGCACCCUCAGACUCUUUACCCRUGGAUAAGUCAGAGAAAAGACAGCGUCAGAGUGAAGAGAGACUGGAUUAUCCCUCAGAUCAGAGUGUCAGAAAACAGCAAACAGGUCCCCGAGGACCUCGUCCAGGUACGUCAGUGAUGUCAGUGUUGGCCACAGACGCAGACGACCCAAUGACAGAAAACGCUGCCCUGAGCUACUCCAUCGUUAGCCAGGAGAGCAUUCCCGCCAACGCCGUGACCAAAACCAUGUUUGGCAUCAACAACCAGACGGGCGCCAUCUACACCCGAGACGUGGGUCUGGACCGAGAGGUGGUGCAGGGCUUUAAGCUGAAGCUAAAGGUGGCUGAUUUAGGAGGCGAAGGUCUGAGCGGCGAGGCCGAGGCCAUCAUACUUGUGUCUGACAUCAACAACCAUCCGCCGAAGUUCAGCCCCACCUGGUACAGCAUGACGGCGGAGGAGAACGUGUUCGGCGUGGAGAUUGGCCGAGUAAACGUGACGGACAGAGACGAUCCUGGAACCAGGAACUGGGAGGCCAAAUACUCCAUCACCAACGAGCAUCAGAGGAACUUCGCCAUCAGGACGGAUCCCGACACCAACCAGGGGGUUCUGACAGUGACACGGCCUUUAGAUUUUGAAAGUCAGAGAAAGCACACUCUGUUCCUGACGGUGGAAAAUCUCAGUCCUCUGAGCAGCAAAGCUCCCAGCUUGUCCCUGAGCUCUGCCACGGUGGUGAUCACCGUCGUGAACAAGAAUGAAAGUCCAGUUUUCAAAGAGAACCCCAUCCAGAUCGAGGUGCUGGAGUCGGCUCCUCCUGGAACCCUCCUGAAAACCAACCUGGCCUCUGAUCCUGAUCACUCUGAGCUCAGAUAUGAAAUCAGUGGCGAUCCUGAGGGGUGGCUGGAAAUUAACAGAAACACAGGAGACAUUGUGUCACAGAGAAGGUUCAACAUGAGGUCUCCAUAUGUUAGAAACAGCAUCUACACGGCUGCUGUCACCGCCACAGAUGCUGGUGGUUUAUCCACCACAGCCGCAGUAAAGAUCCUCCUGAAGGAAACCAACGACUUCCCCCCGCAGCUCUUCCCCCUGAGCGGCUUCGUGUGCAGCCGCCCCACCAGCCCCAACGCCGGCCUUUUCCUGACCGCCAUUGACGACGACCAUGCACCGCACGCUGCCCCCUUCACUUUCAAGUUCCAAGAGGAUUUGACCUUCAACUGGACUCUUGCAAACGUCAACGACACCCACGCUGUGCUCAGGCCCACUGUGGAGCUGGAGGCCGGAGAGUACGCCGUGACAGUGCUGGUGACGGACUCCGGUGACCCUCAGCUGGGUGCCUACGCUCAGGUCAACGUCACCGUGUGUCCGUGUGACUCCUUCGGAGACUGUAAGUCCAGGGCCGGGGCUCUCUUAGGCUCCAGUGUGGGAAUCAGCUUCAUCGCACUCUUCAUCAUCAUCGCUUGUGUUGCCCUUCUAGUCGUGUUCUUCCUCCUGGCCGUGGCUCUGACCUCCUGUGGAAGACGACACCACAUAAAGAAAGGAACGGGUCUGCUCGUCGGGGAGUCCGAGGACGACAUUCGGGACAACGUCCUCAACUACAACGAGCAGGGCGGGGGCGAGGAGGACGAGAACGCCUUCAACAUCGACCUGCUGUGGAACCCCCARGAUUCGCCCCGCAACCCGUGGUCCUUCUACCCGGGCUCCGGUGUUCCUCGAGGCAAGCAGCCCCUGAGGAAAGACGCCCCUCACAACCUGCCCUCCCCCACCUACCCCCGCAGACCUCCUGCAGACCCCUCGGACAUCCAGGACUACAUCAAUGAUGGUCUGGAGGUCGCUGACAACGACCCCAACGUGCCCCCGUACGACACGGCCCUGAUCUACGACUACGAGGGCGACGGCUCGGUGGCGGGCAGCCUCAGCUCCAUCGCUUCGGGCAGCUCGGAUGAAGAUCAGGACUACGAUUACCUGAACGACUGGGGACCACGAUUUCAGAAACUCGCCAACAUGUACGACCCCCGUUAGAGCGGAGAGACCUGCGAGGCUCACCGAGGCGAGGGGGAGGGGCCAGAGGUCACGUCUGUGGUGCUUUUUGGACACGUUUGAAUAUGUUUACGAUGAGAAAAACACAAACUCGUGUGCCGUGAAACGAUUGAGCCUUUGGUUUUAUCACAAUUUACAAAGUGGAUCAAUGAAGUUUAGAGUUUAGCUCAGGAAAAUUAAGAGACAAGAACCUUCGGUGAAAAUUUUUGUGAAAAUGAGUUGAAGUGCUUAUCCAUGUCUGAUGUUAUUUUUUAUUGUUUUAUUUUUUACCUAAGUGAUUAUUUUAUAAGAUAAAUCAAAGAAAAAUGAUUUUGCUUUUGUUGUUUUUAACCACGAUCCCUCCAUUCCAGGAUAUUUACAUCGUUUUUUGAAGCCGAUUACAAAACAUCCCAUUUAAUAACCUGUCAUUAUGAACCUGGAGGCAAAGGCUUUUUAUUAUUUUGUAUGUUUACAAAAUAAAACUUUAUUUCUCGUUAUUAAAAA